AUGCUGCGCGCCGCACUGCCGCUGCUCUGGCUGCCCCUGGCGGGGGCGGGAACGACCGAAGAGCCCACCCGGGAGCCGGGGUCGCCGGGUGAGCCUCCCCCAGGGUUGGCGCUCUUCCGCUGGCAGUGGCACGAGGUGGAGGCGCCCUACCUGGUAGCCCUGUGGAUCCUGGUGGCCAGCCUGGCCAAAAUCGUGUUUCACUUGUCUCGGAAGGUGACGUCUCUGGUCCCUGAGAGCUGCCUGCUGAUUUUGCUCGGACUGGUGCUUGGGGGCAUUGUUUUGGCUGUGGCCAAGAAAGCUGAGUACCAGCUGGAGCCAGGCACCUUCUUCCUCUUCUUGCUGCCUCCUAUCGUGCUCGACUCAGGCUAUUUCAUGCCUAGCCGGCUGUUCUUUGACAACCUGGGCGCCAUCCUCACCUAUGCUGUGGUGGGCACACUCUGGAAUACCUUCACAACAGGCACUGCCCUCUGGGGCCUGCAGCAGGCUGGACUUGUGGCCCCUAGAGUGCAGGCUGGCUUGCUGGAUUUCCUGCUGUUCGGGAGCCUCAUCUCAGCAGUGGACCCCGUGGCGGUGCUGGCUGUCUUCGAGGAGGUGCAUGUCAAUGAGACUCUCUUUAUUAUCGUCUUUGGCGAGUCUCUGCUUAAUGAUGCGGUCACCGUGGUGCUGUACAAGGUCUGCAACUCCUUCGUGGAGAUGGGCUCUGCCAACGUGCAGGCCACUGACUACCUGAAGGGAGUCGCCUCCUUGUUUGUGGUCAGUCUGGGCGGGGCAGCCGUGGGCUUAGUCUUUGCCUUCCUCCUGGCCCUGACCACACGCUUCACCAAGCGGGUCCGCAUCAUCGAGCCGCUGCUGGUCUUCCUCCUCGCCUACGCAGCCUACCUCACUGCUGAAAUGGCCUCGCUCUCCGCCAUUCUUGCGAGGCACCGAGUGGGAAGCCUGGAGAUUCGGACUCUUUUAUCCCAGGACCACUACUUCCUAUCCUUGGACAGUCUCCAUGCCUCCCUGGGCUUCAGCUCUGAGAAUGUGACAUCCUGUGAUGGGCAACACCCUCUCCUGUGCAUGCUCAAAUCCCAGAGGCUGUGCUUCCUGCGACCCUCCUUACUUGCCCUGACUCUCCAUUCCUCUCCCAGGGUGACUGUGUGUGGCCUGGGCUGUAAGAAGUAUGUGGAAGCCAACAUCUCCCAUAAGUCCCGCACUGCUGUCAAGUACACAAUGAAGACCCUAGCCAGCUGUGCUGAGACCAUCAUCUUCAUGCUGCUUGGCAUCUCAGCUGUGGACUCUUCUAAGUGGGCCUGGGACUCUGGGCUGGUGCUGGGCACCCUCUUCUUCAUCCUGUUCUUCCGAGCCCUGGGCGUAGUCAUGCAGACGUGGGUGCUGAAUCAGUUCCGGCUGGUCCCUUUGGACAAGAUUGACCAGGUGGUGAUGUCCUAUGGGGGCCUGCGGGGGGCUGUGGCCUUCGCUCUCGUCAUCCUCCUGGACAGGACCAAAGUCCCUGCCAAGGACUAUUUUGUGGCCACCACUAUUGUGGUGGUCUUCUUCACAGUCAUCGUGCAGGGCCUGACCAUCAAGCCACUGGUCAAGUGGCUGAAGGUGAAGAGGAGCGAGCAUUACAAACCCACCCUGAACCAGGAACUGCAUGAGCACACUUUUGACCACAUUCUGGCUGCAGUGGAGGACGUUGUGGGGCACCAUGGCUAUCACUACUGGAGGGACAGGUGGGAGCAGUUUGACAAGAAGUACCUGAGUCAGCUGUUGAUGCGGCGGUCAGCCUACCGCAUCCGGGACCAGAUCUGGGACGUGUACUACAGACUCAACAUCCGGGAUGCCAUCAGCUUCGUGGACCAGGGAGGUCACGUCUUGUCCUCCACCCGGCUCACUCUGCCCUCUAUGCCCAGCCGCAAUUCUGUGGCAGAGACCUCUGUCACCAACCUGCUGAGGGAAAGCGGCAGCGGAGCGUGUCUAGAUCUGCAGGUGAUUGACACAGUACGUAGUGGCCGCGACCGUGAGGAUGCUGUGAUGCACCAUCUGCUCUGUGGAGGCCUCUACAAACCUCGCCGCAGGUACAAAGCCAGCUGCAGCCGCCACUUCAUCUCGGACGAUGCGCAGGAGCGCCAGGACAAGGAGGUUUUCCAGCAGAACAUGAAGCGGCGGCUGGAGUCCUUUAAGUCCACCAAGCACAUCUGCUUCACCAAGAGCAAGCCACGACCCCGCAAGGCCAGCCACAAAAAGAAGGAUGGUGUGGCUAACACUGAGGCUACAAAUGGGAAACCUCCUCGAGACCUGGGCUUCCAGGACACAGCUGCUGUGAUCUUAACCGUGGAGUCUGAGGAGGAGGAGGAGAGCGACAGUUCGGAGACAGAGAAGGAGGACGACGAGGGAAUCAUCUUUGUGGCUCGGGCCACCAGCGAGGUUCUCCAAGAGGGCAAGGUCUCAGGGAGCCUUGAGGUGUGCCCAAGCCCACGUGUCAUCCCCCCCUCCCCAACCUGUGCAGAGAAGGAACUACCCUGGAAGAGUGGGCAGGGGGACCUGGCAGUCUACGUGUCCUCAGAAACCACCAAGAUUGUACCCGUGGACAUGCAGACAGGCUGGAACCAGAGUAUCUCAUCCCUGGAGAGCCUGGCAUCCCCGCCCUGUACCCAGGCCCCCACUAUGACCCGCCUGCCUCCCUGCCCAGUGGCUGCUGAAGAGCCCCAAGCCCCUCUCAACCUGCCUUCUGAUCCACGCCUUAGCUUUGCCUUUCCCCCGAGCCUAGCCAAGGCUGGCCGCUCUCGCAGCGAAAGCAGCGCUGACAUCCCCCAGCGACAGGAGCUGCAGCCCCUCAUGGGGCAUGGGGACCACACUCACCUUAGCCCAGGCACGGCCAAUUCCCAUUGGUGCAUCCAGCUCAAUAGAGGCAGCCGGCUGUAGCCCAGGGACCCAGGGAGGAGCCCCCAUAGGAAGUGUUCCCUGCAUAAUGGGCAGAGGAGCCCACUCAGCCUGA